AUGGCAGCUCAGAUGCACAACACAUUCUCUGACAACACUAAUUUGACAGGUGAGCAGGAUUGUAUACUAGAGCCGCUUUGUUUCCCUGAGCAGCUGUGUGGUAGCUCUUGUCUCGCCGCCUCCAGCGAUGGCCAUCCGGUGACCUGUGUGCUCUGUUCCGACUCUUUUCCCUCUCUUGAAAAAGACCAACUUCUUAAGCACAUGGUGUUGGAUCACAAACUGGUUAUUGCUGAUGUCAAACUCAUCGCAGACUUUCCACAGUAUAUGUUGUACUGGAAGAAACGGUUUACAGAACUAACUAUCACAGACUUCUGCAGUGUUAUCAAGACCAAUUCUGAAGGUCCUGAAGAACAACAAGAGCUCUACUUCCUAUUAUGUGAUGCGCUGCCAGAGGACAGAAUCCUUAGAGAGCAGCUUCAACAGAGACGACUGGAGAAAGUUCUGGAGCAGCAGCAAAAAGAGAGGGACGACACAACGUUUCAUCGCACAUGUAUGUUCUGCAGUGAGGAGUUUACUGGAAACAGGUCUUCACUGCUGAACCACAUGGCUAAAGAACACUCGUUCAGCAUCGGCCUGCCGGACAACAUCGUCUACUGCACAGAGUUCCUCCACACUCUGGAGUGGAAACUGGAGAACAUGCAGUGUCUGUACUGUGAGAAGACAUUCAGAGACAAAACCACCUUGAAAGAUCACAUGAGGAAAAAGCAGCAUCGACGGAUUAACGCCAGAAAUAAUAACUACGAUCGCUUCUACAUCAUCAAUUACCUGGAGUUGGGGAAGACAUGGGAGGAGGUGCAGUCUGAAGAUGACAGGGAGAUGUUUGAAGAUGAAGAGGACGAUUGGUCGGACUGGCAGGCCCAUCCCGUGUGUGCCGUGUGUCUGUUUUGUGAGCAGCAAGCGGAGACAAUGGAGAAAAUGUACACACACAUGGAGGAAACUCAUGAAUUUGACCUGCACAAAUUAAAAACGGACUUAAACCUAAAGUUUUAUCUGCAAGUCAAACUAGUGAAUUACAUCCGCCGUGAGCUUCACCAGUGCCGCUGCUACUGCUGUCAGGAGAAGUUUGAGAGCAAAGAGGAACUAGUGCAACAUCUUGUUAACAAAGGUCAUGUGAUGCAGCUGCCUGAGGUCUCGCACUGGGACCAACCGCAAUACUACUUUCCUACGUACGAGAACGACGCACUUCUUACAGCUCUGUCGGACAGCGAGAGCGAAUCUGAGGGUCCAAAUCACACCUCUAAAGUUCCUGUUAUUGCUGAAGACAUUUCAAACCUGAAGGUCUUAAAACAGAAUAGUGUGCUUGGUAAACUUCUCAAAGACAGGGGCGGCUCCAGCUGAAGAUGAGAGAAUCAUGUUCAAAUGAUGUUCCAAUGUAAAAAUGAAUAUGUUUAGUUUAAUGCUGUAAUUAUUCAGUUCUAUUCAUAUGGGUGCAAUGCUCACAUCGUG